GGGGUUGGCAACCUUAAUUCAUCUCCCCUCACCAUCCACUACCACAUAGCAACAUCGCCAGAUCAACAUGGGUCACAAGAAAAUCCGUACUGCACUUACUGUCGACCUCAAUAAGCCUGCCUGGGAGCAGUCUGGUCUGCAUAACCGAUGGCACCCCGACGUGCCUGCCUGUGCCAAAAUUGCAAAUAACGAGGUCGUCAAGAUUGAGUGUCUGGACUGGACUGGAGGACAAAUCAAGAACAAUGACUCUGCCGACGACAUCAAGAACGUCGACCUAACCCAAAUUCAUUAUCUAUCCGGUCCAUUCGAGAUCGAGACUGCAGAGCCUGGUGACGUGCUUCUCGUGGAGAUCCAGGAUGUCCAGCCUUUUGAGGAGCAGCCGUGGGGAUUCACCGGAGUCUUUGCAGCAGAGAACGGAGGUGGUUUCUUGGAUGAGAUUUAUCCAGAAGCAGCCAAGGCAAUCUGGGAUUUCGAAGGAAUCUUCUGCUCCUCGCGGCACAUUCCCCAUGUUCGUUUUGCAGGACUCAUCCAUCCAGGAAUUUUGGGCUGCGCACCCUCCGCAGAGGUCCUGGCAGAGUGGAACCGCCGUGAAGGAGAGCUUAUCGCGGCAAAUACACUCGCACGCGAUGUUGCGAAACCCCCGGAACCAAAAAGUGCGCACGCCGGUAGUGCGGAUGAGAGCCUGAAGGCGAAGAUUGCAAAUGAAGGCGCUCGCACCAUCCCUGGCCGCCCCGAACACGGAGGUAACUGCGACAUCAAGAAUCUUUCUCGUGGCUCGAAGGUGUACCUCCCGGUCCACGUUCCUGGUGCCAAAUUUUCCGUCGGCGAUCUGCAUUUCUCCCAGGGCGAUGGAGAGAUCUCCUUCUGCGGCGCCAUCGAGAUGGCCGGCGUAAUCACCAUCAAAUUCAACGUGAUCAAGAACGGCAUGGCCAAGAUGGGCAUGAAGUCCCCGAUCUUCCAGCCCGGACCUGUCGAGCCCCAGUUCGGUCCCGGCCGGUACCUGACCUUUGAGGGCUUUUCUGUCGACGAGAAGGGCAAGCAGCACUAUCUGGAUGCUACGGUUGCUUAUCGUCAAACCUGUCUCCGGGUGAUCGAGUAUCUCCGUCGGUAUGGGUACAGCGACUAUCAGAUCUAUCUUCUGCUCAGCUGUGCCCCUGUUCAGGGACAUAUUGCGGGCUUGGUGGAUAUCCCUAAUGCGUGCACCACGCUGGGAGUGCCAAUGGAUAUUUUUGACUUUGACAUUCGGCCGGAGGCGGAUGCAGUGAAGCUAGAUAUGGGGACCUGCGCGUUUACCAGUAAAUAGUGUGAUAUUGGUGAAAUGGGUAUUGGUAUAUUGAUGUUUUAUGAUGGAUAUAACGAAUGAAUCUAUCUCGAU